AUGCCGCGCUCGCCUCGCGCCACACACACCGAGGAGGACGCCCCGCCCACGGACUGGCUGGCCGAGCUGCCGCCGGAGCUGCACCUCCGCAUCCUCGAGGGCGUCGACGACUUCUCCGACUGCGCCGCCUUCAGCCUCGCGUCGCCGCGCCUCGGCCUCCUCGCCCUGCGCAGCGGCCUGCCGCGCUUCAAGGACCCUCUCUUCCCCGUGGUGAUGCGGCUGCAGCUCGCCCAGCGGGUAGCCGCGCCGCGCCGCUCGCCUCGCCUCGCCGCAUCCGCACCCGCUGCCAUCCCACCCUCGCCUCUGACCGAGUCCAUCCUGCGCAAAUACGCCGCCGACCGCCGCGCCAGCGCCGACCACUUCCCGUGGCUUGCGAGGGUGAGCCCGGCGCUCUGCCUCUCGACGGAGCUGGACGGCCCCGGAGACAAUCGCAUCGAUAUCUGGAGACUGAAGCGCGGCGAAGAGAGUGGCGCGAAGCUGCGGUUGCGUUCCUUGCGGAGCGGCCAGGUGCAGCACUACGAGGGCGAGCAAGGUGCGGAGCGGAUGGUGCGCAUGGAGUUAGCCGACGGCGUGGUGCAGCACUACGAGGGAGACAAAGGUGCGGAGCGGGUAGUGCGCAUGGAGUUGGCCGACGGCAUGGUGCACUACUACGAGGGCGAGCAAGGUGCGGAGCGGAAGGUGCGGACGGUGCGUGCCGAUGGAAGUGAGGCGUACUACGAGGGCGAGAAAGGUGCGGAGCGGAUGGUGCGGACGGUGCAUGCCGAUGGAAGUGAGGUGUACUGCGAGGGCGAGCAAGGUGCGGAGCGGAUGGUGCGGACGGAGAUGCCCGACGGCAGCGUGGCGUACUACGAGGGCGAGCGAGGAGCGGAGCGGAGGGUGCGCAUGGAGGCUGCCAACGGCAUUGUGCAGUACUACGAGGGCGAGCCAGGUGCGGAGCGGAUGGUGCGCGUGGUGCUUGCCGAUGGCGCCGUUGGGCACUACGAGGGCGAGCAAGGUGCGGAGCGGGUGGUGCGCGUGGUGCUUGCCGAUGGCGCCGUUGGGCACUACGAGGGCGAGCAAGAUGCGGAGCGGGUGGUGCGCGUCGACGCCGCCUGA